AUGCCAGUCAGCCACAACACACCCAUCGUCUGCCUCCAUUUGCCUUGCCUAUACCGUCAGCCUCCACCCAAGUCUCCGUUGGACACGCAAGAACUAAAGGGUUUCCAGAAACAACUGUCAGUCUCUGGCCAAAGCUUCGCGCUAGCAAGAGCGGUUGCUGCUUCGUGGCACGACCUCUUUGCGGAAUGCAACAUCAUUCUCAUCGUCGCGUCUCUCGCCGGACGUCAUUAUCUCGGUCGAGAAACAAUAUACGGCGAACUCACGUCUCUCUGUCGUGUCUUCGAGAAUGUCGUCGUCGUUGAGAGCGGUAGAAAACUGGGGCGUCGGACGCCUUUCCCCUUACCGACGUCAUCGUCUCACUGCAACCUGAAAAAUAGAAUUUCGGUCACGCGGGCAGGUCGGCGAAGAUGCUCCGGUGAUGGUGACGAAGCAGUGGUUGUGGGUGGCGUUGGGUGGGCCGUCGACGGGCAUGUCGACUUAGACGCGUACGCCUCAUCCAUCACGGGCCGGAUCUCAAGAAGGCCCGACCCCCUGCGCAAUUUCAGACAUUACGGUGGAGAUUAUGAUAUUAGCAGCAAACAUUAUUUGGCCUCAACGGCAUUUACCGGAAUUCAUGGUUACGCAGUGGCAGGGAUUUGGUUGUUGUGCGGUCUCAGCCUUGUGAUUUUUAAUGUUGUAAUAAAGAGUAUCAAACGAAGCCCAUCAACAAUUGUGGAUCGUUCGAGUACCUCGAAUCGGAUAUUGCUCUUGUUGCUUCUUAUAGUUACUAGUUUUGCCAUAGUUGCUAGUGGUUUAACGAUAGCCGAAAACCAGAAGUCGCUAAAGAAGGCUCGAAAGCUCGAAGAAACCGUACGUGAUGCCGGAAAUGAAGCAUCAAACAACAUAGGCAGAGUUAAAGCCGCCAUGCUACGAAUGCAGACUUUGUUGCAACCGUACAACUCGGAUAUUUGCAACCAGCUCAACUUGACCACACACCGCCUAAGAAAAACGUCACUAAGCAUACAAAGUUUUAUCCGAAACAACUUGAAAACAUGGGACCAAGCCAUUCAAACAUUAUAUGUGAUGAAUCUUGUGGUCGUGUCGAUCGACUUGGUAUUGUUGGUUGCUGGAUUAGUUCUGCUCCAUUUCCAAUUUCGUCCUGGUAUUAUUGUCUUAAUCUUUACCUGCUGGAUUCUGACAACUCUAGGUUGGAUUCUAACCGGCGUCGAUUUCUUGUUUCACACUUUUAUUGGGGAUACUUGUUUGGUGUUGAAGAAUUACGAAAUCGACCCCCAAACGAACAGUCUAGGCAGCAUGCUUCCCUGCCCGAAAUCCACGGACUCUGUCCAAACUUUAGAGAAGAUUAAUUACAGCAUUCAUGCUUUCAUAAAUGAGCUAAACUGGAAGAUUCGAGAAGUUAUCGAAUCAAAUGAAAAAUAUGAAGGCAUUCCGGUCGUGGAAGUUUGUGACCCGUUCUCUACUUCAACGAAUGAUAGUUUUUCACUUCAAAAUUGUGCAGAAAAUUCUAUCCCAAUUGGAGAUUUACCAAGAGUUCUAUCAACAUUCGUAUGCUAUGAAGCGGAUAGUACCUCCAGAAAUUGUGAAGAAGAAGGGAGAUUUCUCCCCGAAUCCAUGUACACGGUAUCUUUGGCAUAUACCCAGUCAAUGCAGGAUUUUAUAAAUAUAUAUCCCGAUUUAUCGAGCUUAAUGAAAUGCUCGUCCAUUAAAGAAGCAUUUUCCGAGAUUGUCACGCGCCAAUGUAGGCCAAUCGAGCUAUCAACACGAGGGUUGUGGGCAUCCAUGCUGGCCCUUUCAGUUGUUAUGGUGGUUUUGGUAUUGCUUUGGAUUUACAGAGCAUCUCACAUGGGCUAUGCUUGUGUUGGGAUGGCUUUGUCUGUGCCCCACGGCUCUGUCCGAUAUCUGCGCCGCGGCGAGCUUCUGACAGUCCACUUUUCUUCUCCGGCAUGGCGCCCCGCCUUUUUCGGUUAG